AUGUCUUCGGAAUCUACUGAUCUCCGUAGACCGGAGAACACAGCGGAGAUGCAGAAUCAAAACGAAUCACGAGAGAGCGAACCCGAGGUUGACACAUCCACCGCCAUCUACCGUCCCAUGCGGCCGCCCGUCAACCACAUCCUCGACCUUCCAGUCGAUGUCUUCUUUACCCUCAAAGAGUUCCUUCGAGGCCAAGACAUCAUCCUGCUAUCACUCACAUGUAAGGAUCUCCGCCAUCUUAUGAUACAGAGGCCCGACCAGAUCCUUAGUCUCGCCUUGGACAUCGUUCCAUCCAGACUGGAAAAAUACCACAUGCUGGUGGCGCGCGACUAUUACACACAUUGGGUAUGCCACGCAUGCACCCGGCUGCACACUGUCUUUGAAAUGGACCUUCCCGGAUGCCCCGUUCACAUCACCUGGCGACGGGCAUGCCACAGGGCUCACUGCCAUACACCAGCUGUCGCCGGCCACUUCUCGACCGUGGGUGCGGCCGGCUUGGUCUUUCAUCACAUUCAAAUUGCCCUCCGCUACCAGCGCCUCAUCAAAGCCGGCGCCCCGGACACUCUGCCGAUGAGACGGGCAGUACCAGACAACAUCCGCCUUGUACACCAGGACGCUACUCUGUCGCCCGUCCGCGUGCUCCACCGCAUCAUGGAUCCCAUUUUCAAGACCAUGUCGCGCGGCAUUGGUGACUGUGACUACGCGCUCCGUAUGCGGUUCGACCGCCGCAUCAAAGAAGACCACACGGCUGCCCGGCCGUUCACCAAUCUGCCACAAUUACGCUUCGUACAGCGCUCCAGAAUAAAGAUUGUGCGCCAUUUCUCGACCGUCAAUUGCAUGCAGUGGGACGGAACCAUUUUCAACAUCUGUCCGCACUUGACCAUCAUGAGCCAGCACUUGUUCUCGGCCGGUCCUGUCCCCCCGCACUCUGGAUACCGAAAUGAUCCUCGCAAUCUGAAGACGAACAGAAAGAACUACUACCGACGCGCUCACUACGCUCUAUAUACGACAGACCAGGGACUACUGCGGAUUGAGCCAUUCGUGCAGUACCACACAAUCUUCGACGAGGAAAAGGGCGCCUGCGCGCAGUGCUUGACCGACUACAAGGUCAGGGGCAAACGGCCAUGA